GUGGCUGUUCUCGCCAGCUACGAGGCCACCAGCCAGAAGGCGAUACUCGCAGCAGCCGGGAUGUCGACGUCGCUCGACCUCGGCGGCGGGCUGAUGCCGUCCGCGCAGCUCGAGUCGCUGCUCUCGCAGAUGGUUCAGGGCGACCCCGAGCAGAUCCGGCAGGCCGAGGAGGCCCUCACGCCGGCGCUCAGCACGCCUGCCUUUAUGCUCGACCUGCUGACCCGCCUCACCCAGUCUCAAGCCGCCCACGUCCGGCAGCUGGCGGCGGUGCUGCUGCGCCGUCGCAUCGGGUCGCACUGGCGCAAGCUCGGCGCCGCCAACACCAACCGGAUCAAGGCGACCCUGCUGCAGGUCCUCGCGACCGAGCCUGAGGGCGCCGUCGUGCGCUCCGUGGCGGCUCUGUGCGCCUCUGCCGCCCGGCACGCGAUGUCCAAGGGAGGCUGGCCGGAGCUUCUCUCCUGUGUGCUCGAGGGCUCUCGCUCGCCCACCACGGCGCACCGGCUGGUGGCGAUGACCCUCAUCGCUUCGCUCCUCGAGUCGGACGAGGUGACCGAGCACCUCCGCCCUCACUUCGUCCUGCUCAAGGACCUGCUCGCCGCAGCGCUGCAAGACGCGCAGUUGGACGUCGCCCGAGGCGCGCUCAAGGCGCUGUCGGCGUGGACGCCCGCCCUCGGCACGGAGCAGGACGCCGCUUCGCUCCUCCGGCCUCUCGUCCCGCUCGUGCUCGGCCUCGGUGCGCGCGCCCUCGGCGAGAGCGACUCGCUCGGCGACGACGAGACCAUCACCCUCGACGGCGCCGUCCAGCCGGCCCAGGUCUGCUCCUCGGGAGGCAUCGGCGCGCCCGACGACGACGACGACGACGAGAGCAAGGUGUACAAGAUGGCGGCGCAGGUGCACGUGAUGCCUCUCCUGCUCGAGCUCGUCGCGACGCACGCGCCCUCGCCCGACCCGGCCCGCCGCCGCGCCGUCCUGCUCAUCCUCGCCGUCACCGCCGCCGGCUGCGCCGAGGCCUUCGCCAAAGAGCUCCCCCGCCUGAUGCCCGUCGUCUACGCGGGCUGCGAGGCGCCGGAGCCGCAGGUCCGCGAGGCGGCUUGCCUCGCCAUCGGCCUCUUCGCGCAGUCGCUCCACCCGGAGAUCCUCGAGCACUACGAGCGCGUGCUCGCUGACGCGCGCGGCGAGGUGCAAGGGCGCGCCUGCUACGCCAUCGAGGCGUUCUGCGAGCACCUCGGCUCCGACAUCCAGCCCUUCCUCGCGCCGCUGCUCGAGCGGCUGACCACGCUGCUCCAGCACACCGCCGAGAGGCCGACCCAGGAGCGGUGCGUCUCCGCCAUCGCCGCCGUCGCCGUCGGUGCCAAGAAGGCCUUCGCCGACUACUUCGACCCCGUCUACGCGCUGAUGCGCCACCUGCUCGGCCAGACCGCCUCCGAGAUGCUGCCGCUGCGCGCCCGCGCCAUGGAGUGCGUCGGGCUCAUGUGCCUCGCCGUCGGCCGCGACCGGUGCUCGCACGUCCUCCAGGAGGUGGCGGAGCUGCUCGGCGAGGAGGCCGCGCCGCUCGUCCCUCCGCUGCUGCCCUUCCUGGUCAAGGCCGUCGAGCAGGAGGAGGUGACCGAGUUCUCAGAGCACGAGCAGGCGCGCAUCCUCGCAAAGCUCGGCCCCGACCCGGACGGAGACGGCGACGAGCUGCUCGACGACGACGACGACGACGAGGAGGACGAGGAGGGCGAGGAGGGCGGGGACGGCCCCGGCAUCCACACCGCGAUGCUCGACGAGAAGGCGGCCGCCAUCCACUGCCUCGGCGCGUGCGCUGCGUAUGGCGGCGCCAGCUUCGCGCCCCACAUCGAGGCGGUCAUGGGCCCGCUGCUUGGCUGCGCCGACCACUUCCACGAGGACAUUAUAUUAUAUUAUAUUAUAUUAUAUUAUAUUAUCGCUCUCCCACCUCGUCAAGGCGUGCGCCGCCGCGGAGCCGCCUCAGCCGUGGGCGCCCUCGCCCUGCUCGAGCAGCGCCACUCGUGCCAGGAGGCGGCGCAGGACCUCUCCGAGGGCGGCGGCGUGGACGAGGAGGAGGACCACGACGAGGCGGUCUGGGAGGCGGUCUCGGAGCUGCUCACCACGCUGCCCAAGGCGCUCGGCGAGCGGUGGACACCGCACCUCGAGCGGCUGCUGCCGGCGCUGCUGCCCUACCUGCGCGAGGCGCACCCGCUCUCCGACCACGCCCUCGCGAUCGGCAUCCUCGCCGAGGGGCUAAACCACGUCGAGGCGUCGGGGCGCCACCACCUCCCCACCAUCCUGCCGCACGCGGCUCGCUGCGCCUCCGCGCCCGACCCCACCUGCCGCCAGAACGGCGUCUUCUGCCUCGGCGUGCUCGGCGCGCACGGCGGCGAGGCCGCGCUGGCGCAGAUGCAGCCCAUCCUGAGCGAGCUGCAGCAGCGCCUCUCCGCCCAGGAGGAGGACGAGGCCGUGGUGCGCGACAACGCCGUCGGAGCGCUCUCGCGCAUCGCCCUCUCGUUCGGCGCCGCCCUCCCGCUCGACGCGGUGCUGCGCGCGAUCGCGGACCGGCUCCCGCUCACCGAGGACGAGGGCGAGAACGCGCCCGCGCUCCGCUGCCUGAUGCAGCUCCUGCACGCCGAGGAGACGCGCGCCGUCGCCGCGCCGCACAUGCCCGCCCUCCUCAAGGCCAUCGGCCAUCUCUUGGCCGGCGGCGGGGACGGCUCGCCCGCAGCGGACGCCGGGCCGCGCCCGUGCCCGCUCGACGCGGAGUGCGAGGCCGAGGUGCGCAGCUUCCUGGUGUGGGCCGCCGGGCAGUCGCCGCAGGAGAUGCAGGCGCUCGUGAUGGACCUGCCGCGCGGGCGGGAGCAGGUGCUUGCCGUGCUGCAGGCGCAUCAGGGGUGA